GGUGGCGGACUGCAUGUUUUGCUGUUCUGCCAUAAUUCAGAGUAGAAGAAGAAUGCUUGCCUGCUGCUCAUAGACUCCUUGGUGUCCUUGUUGUAUCUUGGGAUUUUACCUCUGUGUCUUUCUGUCUGUCUGUUUUGGUGAUUACAGACACUUCGAAUAAACCGCUUCCUCGAUCAUCUUGUGUUUCAACAUUUGGAUUUCAUAUCAAAAGACGUCAUGUUUCGAAGAAGAGUACCCUUCUCACAGAUCGCCUUAGCCACACUGCUUGGAGUCGCUGGUGGUAUUUAUAUCUACAGACCUUAUUUUGAGCCGGUGCAGACCUCAAGACAACAAAACCAGGAUGUGCCAAAGAAACCGAAUGAAACAGACUGAAAUAAUUCAUCACUCCCAGGAAAUACUUCACACACAGAAGCCAGAAGAACUACAUCAGAGGCUGCUGGACUGUCAGAGCUGGAGGCCGAACUAAAGACAAGACCAGCAUGGAUAAAUCCAUGCUUCUUUGGGGUUCUUUGUAUGAUUGUUAAUGUACAAAAUAAAGUAUUUAAUAAUUUGA